UUUAAAUGGCCAGCUCGUGAAAAGGUGGUGUGUGGGGCAAUUAGACGCAAGUGUUUUUUCUCUCUGGCGGCUGGAGCUCAGAGCAGAGCUGAGGAAGGGAAUCUCUCGGUGCGCACGUUUCUGAGGCGGAUUCUCCUCUUUUUUUUUUCUUCAUGAAGUUUGUGGGACUGAACAAGCCGCUCUAAACUUUUUCUCUGCCCAAUCUUCAUCAGGUUCCAGCGGAGCUACGUGACUCCUCUCACUCCCGGGGCGGGCGAUAAGGACAUUCCCCGUCAGGAGCCUUUUUUUCUUGUCCGUGUGACCUCAUUUGGAGAGUUUUUAUUUUUUUAUUAUUAUUGGAUUUUUCUUUUCCUCCUCUUGUGGUGGUAUUUUGAGGUGUGCAUCGGGGGCCAUCAGUACUUAUGCUCGCGCGCACACACCUAGAAAUGAAACCCAGUUUUGUCAUCGAGACUGUGAUGGCGUUUUAUCUGCUCUUCUCACCUGGACAGAGUCUACCUUCGACAGUCACAAACAGUACAAUGCAAGUGUUGAAUUUUCAAGAAGUGUGGGGUCGCAGCUUCUGCCGGACCAUCGAAAAGCUGGUGGAGGUGGUGCAGGAAUACCCCACAGAGGUGGAGCACAUCUACAGCCCCUCCUGUGUGCCCCUGGUGAGGUGCGCCGGCUGCUGUGGGGAUGAGAACCUGGAGUGCCAUCCUACCAGCACCACAAACGUCACAAUGCAGCUGUUGAAAAUCAGGCCGUCAGAGCCAGGCCAAGAAUAUGUGGAGAUGACGUUUCUGGAGCAUCAGACAUGUGAAUGUAGAAUCAGGAAACCUAUUGUGAAGGUGCCAGAUCCCUCGCAGGUAACUGCAGUGCUGACCCAGCUCCCUGUUGCAAUGUGGCUCUCUGUGUAUUCUCAGCCCAGCAGCAGCAACAAGAGUCUCCUCCACUCAUCUAUCAAAACUCUGUCUGUGGUCAGAGACUCAGACAGCUGGGGUGAUACGCUGACACGCUCUCCCACUGCCGGGCAGGGCACUUGUAGUGACAAGGUCCAAGAGGAAGUGAGUUUUGAUCGGUGGAAACACUGAUUUUACACACCCGACUCAUUGGACAUCCCUGGGAGCCAGUGCAAUGUAGAACAGAACAGACUGAUGAUUUCAUUUUAUACUAGGUAUUACUGUGUCAGUUAUUUUAAAAUGUCAAUUUUGUUGGUAUUUAAAGGUGGUUACACAUUUUAAAGAUUUAUAUUUAUUGAUUCGGCCGAAUAUAGAUGGACCAGCUAAAGGUUUUUAUAUACUUUGCUGAAACAUUAGUGAGAACACGCUGUCUUGUCAGUAUGGUGUAUGUUUGACUGAAUGUGCAGUUUCUCUGUACAUGCAACAAUGAAAUGUCUCCCUCUGGUGUUUAAGGGUGCAAAAAAACCUUAUAGUAAAGUAUGAUUAAAGUAUGAUGAAACAUGUGACACGGUGGACAGUCAAAAUGAAUUAUAACAGUGUAUCUAUCAUUUAUGACAAUAACAAUCCCAUUAUAACAAUCUAUGUGUAAAUUACCAAUUUCUUAACACUACGUGAAAAAAUUUGGGGUAAAUUGUUUCAUUUUACCUUCCAGUAACAGCUGGUGUAUAUGGAAAAAAUAUCUUAUUAAUUAAAUUGGAACACUUUCAAACAAAGCAACCAUCACAUUAAACAAACAUCACGUCAUCCUUGCUGCAGCUACUAUAAACAGAUCUGGACAACAGGUUUAAGGACAGCUAUGUUCCUAAUGAGUGGCAACGAGUCUGAAUUGAGUCAAGCCAAUAAAAUCACAUAGAUCAGAAGUUUAAUUGUAUUGUAGUAUUCAAUACACUUUAGCAAGAGUCAUGUGGCAGUGAUACCAGUUGAAAUGAGUAGAUUGGGAUUGAAGGUUCUCAUGAGACAUGUGUCUCUGCUCUGUGCCGUGUUCACCCUGGUGACACAAGACUCCUCUAUAAUCCCACACAGUGGGUGACUUCCUCUGUCUGUUUUUGGAGAUACUGCAGCAUGGAAGGGAUCAGUUGAUGUAGUUAUGUAAAAUGAUGUUCUUUUGUAUUUUUUACAUGUACCACACAAAGAAAACUAUGAAAAUGUAAAAAGGUUAAGAUUUUACUGUUUUACUUUCAUUUAAAUAUUUAUUUUGUAAUAAAAAUUGUUAUGGCU